AUGCCUGUGCGGUCCUUGUUCCCCGAGAGUUGGCUCUGGAGGAAGUUCACUCUGCCAAAGAGUGAAUCGGGCAUCUCCCAUUACCCCAUCUCCGUGAAGGUGCCAGAUUCCAUCACCACGUGGCAGUUUGUGGCGGUCAGCCUCAAGGCUGGACAAGGUCUCUGUGUCUCGGACCCCUUUGAGCUGACAGUUAUGAAAUCGUUCUUUGUGGACCUUAAGUUGCCCUCCUCCGUGAUCAGGAAUGAGCAGGUCCAGAUCCAAGCCGUGUUGUACAAUUUCAGGGAUCGCCAGGCCAAGGUCCGAGUGGAGUUCCCCCACAAGGAGACGCUGUGCAGUGCGUCAAAGCCAGGAGCACCAUCCCGCCAGGCAGGGGGUCAGAUCCAGCAAACGUCCUAUAGCAUCGUCCUGGAACCCCAAGGUCAGACCCAGACAAAAUUGGUGCCAAGACAGGAGUUCUUGAACAUGGUACCCGACACGGAGGCGGAAGUGUUCAUAAGCGUUCAAGGCUACACUCGGAUGCUGACCCACCGGAGUUCAGACGGCACCUACCACACCUCCAAGGGGAACCCAGGAAGCACUUGGCUCACAAGCUAUGUGUUCCGCGUCUUUGCCCUGGCCUACUCUAUGAUGACGACUCAAGUGCUUAGCCUGUCCUCUCUCUGUGACAUGGCCAACUGGAUCAUCAUCGACAGGCAGGCAGAGGAUGGGCACUUCCUGGAGAAGGGCCCUGUGGUCAUGACAUCCAUGCAGGGUGGCUACCAAGGCUCCGAGGAGGAUGUAUCCCUCACAGCUCUUGUCCUGAUAGCCCUGAAUGAGGGAAAGGAGUUGUGCAGCCAGAAGAAUUUGAUGGUCAGCAUCGAGAGAGCCCGUGGCUUCCUGGAGAGAAAACUUCCCGACAUUCAGACAACCUUUGCCGUAGCCAUAGCCUCCUACGCACUGGCCCUUGCCAAGAGCUCCCAAGCCAACGACCGCCUGGACAGCUUUGCCAGCCCUAGUGGGUGUGGGAUGCUUCUUAAUCAACCUCAGCCAUGGAGUGGGGAGGGGGUGAUCUCAAAUCCAGCAAUGUGUCAUUCAUCACUUAGUGUUUCCUGA